GUAUGCAUGACUCUUUUGCAUGGUGUGUUCAUUGCCCUGUGAAGAGUAGCUAAAACUCUGACAGCUAGCCUAAAUGAUUUGCCACUCCAUGUAGCUAAGGUUUUAAAUACCUACUAUGUACAGAGACACUGAAGGGAUAUUAAGUUAAAAACAAAACAAAACCCCAGAAACACUGUCUUACAGAACAUUGCUAAUAGGAAGAUAAUAUACCAGCACAGAUCACUAUAAUCAGUAUUAUAUAAUAAGUGUGUUAUGUCAUGAAAUAAAGUCUAUGUGAGGUUAGGGGAAAGUUUGAGAGGGACUGUGACCAUGACCUCAAGUAAAAAGAAAAAUCUUCCCUGGAGGAAAUGGAAUUUAACUGGAACCAUUAAAGGAGGGAAUGACUGAUACAAAGAUCCCCCAGACAGGGACUCCUAUGAGUAUUAGGAGCAGCAGAAGCAUGUCUGUCCUCCGCAUUCCAAGCCAAAGCCAGAUUAGUCAUACCUACUCCCAGGGUUCUCUGCAUCGAAGUGUCAGUCAGCUCAUGGACAUCCAGGACAAGAAAGGUUUAACUGAUGACUCAUUGUGGGAGACCAUCAUGGGCCAUGACAGUGGAUUGUAUGUGGAUGAUGAAGAUCUGAUGAAUGCUAUUAAGGGUUUCAGCUCUGUGACUAAAGAACACACCACAUUUACAGAUACUCAUUUGUAACAGAUGAAGAAAACAUUCAAGAUAAAGAACUGAAUUAUUGUAUGCCACACCUUAGAGUUUCUCAGUUAUGACUUGUGUGUGUCCUUAAUUUUUAUGAACAUAAUUUGGGUUGGGUUUUUUUAUUUUUUAUUUUGGUAAGAGAUGACGAUAAUUUGGUUGUUAGUAUCCUGGCUAGGCUUAGUCUAGAAAUAAAUCCUUCUCUUGUGUUAGUGAAAUGAAGGCCAAUGCCUUUUAUGCAUAUCCAUUUCGGGUCCAUGUAUUUUGUCAGUGACAGAGUAAUGUAUAUUUUUACUGGUCUGGAUUUGUCAUAGAAGCACAGAGGCACUGCAGUAGAAUAAUAAUUUAUUUCUGUGGCUUAGUUUGAAUCUAUGUCAAAAGACAGUAUGAAGAAAUUCCCAAUAAAGUUGAAGCCAAACAACAUGACCCAAAGUUACCCAGGGUAAGUAAAGGCAGCACAAUUUUCUUGAAGGAGAUAAUACUAUCACUGUUUCUUUUAUGAACC